AUGGCAGCCGCUAAACAAGGUGACACAACAAAUCAGCCAGAAACACCACUACCUCCGGGAUGGCAAAAGGCGGUCUCACCCAACCCAGACACUCGCGUUUACUUUGUCAAUCACAAUGAUAAUUAUACCACCUGGAAGGAUCCGAGAAUAUAUGAUCCAGAACCUGAACCACAAGGUCCGUCUGUAUUGGAAUAUAUAAUCAGAAGGUAUGACUUUGUGAAUGCCGCUUAUUCGGAGAAUGAUCAUUUACGAAAAGAAUUGUACAGUCAUUGGCAAACCUGUGGUCGUGAGGGGAGUUCCGAAACCUUGCGAGCCUGUCUAACAGCGCUGCAGGAGAAGAUCUGUGUGAUGGGGUUCCCACCACCACAUUCUGUUGGAGAGGGGAUGACUGAUAAAGUAUUGAAACUGAUAGAAGAGGUAAUGAGUGUAUGUGUAACAGAUAGAAGAGUGAGUGAGGAAACUUGUCAGGGACUGUGGUUUGAAUUCCUACUGAGUCUUUUACAGUACGGACCUGGAUCUUCUGCUGCUUACUUAAUCAACGAAAAAUUAUUGAGGAUUCAAAACAUGGAGUCAUUCUUAGCGGCUUUAGAUGGAGAGAAACUAACCAUGGUGAUUAACAGUUUAAAGGAUUGGCAUUAUGUACCCGAGGAUCCAAAGAAAUUUGUGCAUGAAUCACAGUCUUAUUACUGGGGUGUCUGUAUCUACAAACUCCUUAAAAUCAUUCUUGGAAACUACAAGAGUAAGAAAGUUUAUAAACCAACAGUUCAUCAACAGUUUCUGGAACUGUACCUGUCUUACUUCACCAAAAUUACUGAGGUACCAGAUGAUCAUAUUCACCACUUAGAGUAUGCUAUGAAGAGGAUAGAAACGGCUUAUUCUGACCAACAUGACGGAAACCCAUACCAGGUUCUAACGAAACCUGACAUCCUGCGGAGACACUGGAAGUCUGUUGAGUCCACAAUCUGCAGCAACAAAUUCAAGGAAAAUCAUGUUGAUGUUUCUGUGGAAAUUGUCAGUCUAAUGGUGGACUGUAUUAUAGAAAAAGAAUGGACAGUUGAACUUUGGGAUGAAGUCGUACACAUGAUGAAAAGCUAUUUUCUCACUAAAGAUGGUGUCAACAGACCCAGAGUAUUAUCUAGAAUACUGCAUCUGGUGACAGUAACAGAAGCAGAAGUGUAUGAUAAUAACCCUGAGAUUAUGGACAACAUGCUUGUGAUGUUUACAGAAAUUGUGCAGAAGAAGCCAGAGAUUAUGCCUUGGGCCUACUAUUAUAUCACCGUGUUGAGUGAGAAGUCUUCUGCGAGGAAGGGAUCAGAGAAAAAAUGGUUUCCUCUCAUGAAGGUAAUGAUGAAAUCCAUGCACAGGAAAGGAGUGUACCGGUGUCGGGACACAUUCAGACAGAAAAAGUUUAUGAAGAUUUGGAACUGGAAACAAAAUUACCAGGAGGCUUUAGACAUCAUAGAACCUAUAGGAGAGGUGCACCUUCACUUAAAUGGUGAUGACAAAGAUGAAAGACUUUUAGAGAACUGUGGGAACACUAUCUACACACUUCUGGAACAGUUCAAAUUCGCUAAAAUCUCAGAGAAAUUGCAUGGGUAUGUAGCAGAAAUGGCCAUGACUAUGAUGGAGAAAAGAUCCAAGCUGCUGUGUCAGUUUGUUGAGAGAUUUGUCAGAGAGAUAAGCCUGGAGUCAAACCAGGAGGUGAUUCCUGGCCUGAUGAAGAGAUUUGCAGUGCUAUUCUAUGACAGGGACUACAUAUGGGAUGACUACAAUACAUAUUUGAUUGGGACCAAGUUCAUGGAGAAAGCCUUAGAGGCCUACAGCAUUGGAAAAGAAAUACCAGAUGAAGUAAACCAAAUCUUGAUUAAGAUGUUUCUUUGGGCAAUGCAGACAGAAGAUUUGGACUACGUAGACAUGGAUUUCAGACAGACAUCUCUGUAUGGACUUGCAGCUUCAGAAUAUCUGGAAUCCUUCGUAAGAAAACAUAUUGGGACCAAGACCUCUGAUGUGUGUUUGCCCCUUAUUCCAGCCAUUGUGAAACAAUUGAAACAUGAGGAGAAAAUAUUGAUGGAGAAGAGUCAGGCCAUUGUCUAUAUUAUCAGCGUUGAUGACUACAAACUACUGCAUGGACAUCUGGGUGCCCUUGUCACCUGGUACAAAGAAACACUAUCUGCUUUUGCUUUGAGAGCACUCUGGAAGCCUUUUGAGGAAAGUGAUGGAUUCACAACUCCAGAUUUUAAUGUCAUUAUGGAGGCAAUAGAAGAGGACACUGAUAAUUCCAAAGUUUUUACACACGGUAUGCUGUUAAAAUUAAUGGCUGAAAGACAAGCUGAGCUAUUUACUCGGGAACAUAUUGACUGGAUGAUUAAGAGGUUUCUGGAUGACAAAUUGUCGCAGUACAAUGUAUUGACGGCUUUUGGUGAAAUAAUAGCCUGCCAACCACAACUGUUUGGAGAUAACAUGAUUAAACAUGUCUUACAAAAUCCUAACCUAGAUGUUGUUAAUGCAGCUUCGGUCCAAAUAAUUGCUGUCAACUUAGGCCUGAAGAAAAAGGAAAUGGCUGAUACUAUUCUACAAGAGCUUGUCACUUUGACACAAAGUUGGACUGAUCCAAAUCACCAGAUAUCUCUGUUAGAUGCUAUCCGAAUUCUAGGGGCUAAAUAUGGUGUGGAAACACUUAAGCUCCACCGUAAAUACUUUGAGGAUUUGCAGAAAUAUGGAAAAACUUCCCCUGUCAAGGACACAUCAGCUGCUAUUGUAAAUGCAAUGGAUGGGGUCAGUAUGGAGGGUAUCAUCACUGAUGUCAUACAAACCAAGAGAAAGGUCAAAGUCCUUGACAAGAAAGUCACACAAGUAGAAACGGUAGUUAGUGAGAUGAAAACAGAAGUUGACAAACAAGGCAAGGACAUCAAAACUUUCAAGAGUGGACUUGAAACUGUCGAAAAACGGGUAGACGUAGUGGAAAAAGGUCUUGAUGAAACGAAAGUCAGAGUUGAGGAAAUAGACAACAAAACAAUGUCAAAUGCCCCAGCAUGGUCAAGAGAUCUUACAAAGUUGAUGAAUCCAAAAUCUGACCACGAUUGGAGAUUGUUGGCCCAGCGCUUGGGAUAUUCACUGAAUGACAUUAAAGCAUGGGCCACACACAGCGACCCCUGCAUGGCUGUACUUAGUGAGUGGUAUACUACCCACAAGACAGCUGAAGCUACUCAUGCAGUACUGAACAUUCUACAAGACAUGAACAGACUGGACGCUGUAGUCAUUGUAGAGAAUGCUAUGAAGGCAGUAGAGGAUGUUGUGGAGGAAGCCCACGAUUACACAACACCUCCUCCGAUCUUCCUUAGCUACCAAUGGGGUCACCAGAAUGAGGUCAAGUUACUACGACAACACCUUCUCAUGGCUGGCUAUGAAUGCUGGAUGGAUGUUGGACAGAUGGGAGGUGGGGAUAAACUGUUUGAGAAGAUUGACAAUGGAAUAAGAGGGUCAAAGGUUAUCAUAUGCUGUGUGUCAGAAAAAUACGCCAAAUCUCCCAACUGUAAUAGAGAGGUGAACCUGUCUGUAAACCUAGGGAAACCCAUGAUUCCUCUCUUGAUGGAGAAAAUGGCCUGGCCUCCCAAGGGCUCCAUGGGACCCAUCUUCAGUGAGUACUUGUUUGUGAGAUUUUUCCAGCGAGGAGGGGAGGAAACUGCAAACCAGUGUUACUGGCCAGUUCAGAAGUUCCGGGAAAUUCUCAUGCAACUGAACAUUUACAAAAUCAUGCCUGAUGAAUCACGGAUUACCGAAGAGUACAAAAACUGGUGGGUUCCUGUGACUGAAGAAAGCAUCAUUACCACGAAGUCAAACAAUGGAGGUCAGAGUACAGCUAUCACAGCUGUGGACAAGGAGGAGACCAGUAAGUCCCCAGAUGUAUUCCUGUCUUACCAGUGGGGUAAACAGACACAGAUCAAACAGCUCUACAAGAGGCUUUGUGAGCUUGGUUUGACCUGCUGGAUGGACAUCUACCAGAUGGGAGGAGGUGACUCUCUGUAUGACAAGAUUGACCGAGGUGUCCGAGGUUGUAAGAUUGUCCUAAGCUGUGUGACCACCAAGUACGCAGUCUCUGCCAAUUGUAGACGAGAAGUCAGUCUGGCUGAUUCAAUUGAGAAGCCUGUCGUCCCUCUUCUGUUGGAAAAGAUGGACUGGCCACCAAGUGGACCAAUGAGCACGGUCUUGUCACAGUUUCGAUUCAUUGAUUUCAGUCAUGAAGAAGAACCUGGCAUGCUUUGGACGGGGGAUAAAUUUGAGAAUCUUCUUGCAGAGAUCAUGGAAUUUGUACCCACUGCUAUAGGAAAUGUAAAAUAUGUCAAGAAAAAUGAGGUCUGUACUACAGAUGUCACUUUAAGGACACUAGAGAAGAAAGGCAAUGAAACUGAAAAUAUACAAACUGGAGGUCAGGAAAAGACUCAACAAAAACCUGAAUUAUCUACAUCUAACACAAGUAACAUUCCUGCUUCAACUGUGGAAAGAGAAAAAAAACAGAACAUUGGAGAAAAAGACGGUCCAGGAAAGUCAGAUGUCUCAAUCGAAGCAGAGGGAGAUGAUCAGCCACCGUCUUAUGAUUCACUGUUUUCACAGUCUUCUUCAGGUACACAAACUACAGCAGCUAAACAAACUUCAUCAAAGACUCGAUCUAAACCAAAUCAGAAACAGUCAUCAACUAUUCUGCCUCCACCAUAUCUGUACCGCCAUCAAUAUGUAGAAACUCCACCCCAGCCGACAACAAAACCACAAAAGGAAAAAUCAUCCUCAUGUGUGCUUUUUUGA